CGGGCUCCCUCGGGUUUUCUCCUUCUUAUAUCCCUUUCUUCGCUCUUCCGUCGCCUCCUCUUCCUGCCACUUCCCUCCUCUCAAGUCUCUAGGUCAUGUGCCACCAGAAGCAUUGAAGCUAAAUAACCUUUCACCCUUGGUGGGGCUUAGUAGAAGCUAAUCUUUCGCUUAUAAAGGCAAACCGAUUGAGGGAAAAAGAGUUACACUUCUUUUUGGACUGCAAGGCCAAGGUGGACCAUAGGGAUGGACACAUUCCUCUUCACUUCAGAGUCAGUCAAUGAAGGCCACCCUGACAAAAUCUGCGACCAAGUCUCAGAUGCCAUACUCGACGCAUGCUUAGAGCAGGAUCCUGAGAGCAAGGUAGCUUGCGAGACUUGCACCAAGACCAAUAUGGUCAUGGUGUUUGGUGAGAUCACCACCAAGGCCAAGGUUGACUACGAAAAGAUCGUCCGCGACACCUGUCGACGCAUUGGGUUCGUCUCAGCAGACGUUGGCCUCGACGCCGACCGCUGCAAUGUUCUUGUCAACAUCGAGGAGCAGAGCCCCGACAUUGCCCAAGGAGUCCAUGGUCACCUCACAAAGAAGCCCGAGGAGAUUGGUGCUGGGGACCAAGGCCACAUGUUUGGCUACGCCACGGACGAGACCCCGGAGCUGAUGCCGCUGACCCAUGUCCUCGCAACCAAGCUCGGCGCCAGGCUUACGGAGGUCCGCAAGAACGGGACGUGCCCAUGGGUGAGGCCUGAUGGCAAGACUCAGGUGACUGUGGAGUAUCAAAAUGAAGGUGGAGUCAUGGUCCCCAUCCGAGUCCACACUGUGCUCAUCUCAACCCAGCAUGAUGAGUCUGUCACCAAUGAACAGAUAGCAAAGGACCUGAAGGAGCAUGUAAUCAAACCAGUCAUCCCUUCGAAGUACCUUGAUGAUAGGACCAUCUUCCACUUGAACCCAUCAGGCCGCUUCGUGAUCGGCGGGCCUCACGGCGAUGCCGGGCUGACCGGCCGGAAGAUCAUCAUCGACACAUAUGGUGGCUGGGGAGCCCAUGGUGGUGGUGCAUUCUCUGGGAAGGACCCAACUAAGGUGGACCGCAGUGGUGCAUAUAUUGCAAGGCAGGCAGCCAAGAGUGUGGUAGCUUCAGGGCUUGCAAGGAGGUGCCUUGUCCAGAUUUCUUAUGCAAUUGGUGUGCCAGAGCCACUCUCAGUGUUUGUGGAUACAUAUAAGACAGGGAAGAUACCUGAUAAGCAGAUACUGACUUUGGUCAAGGAGAAGUUUGAUUUCAGACCAGGUAUGAUUGCUGUCAACCUGGAUUUGAAGAGGGGAGGAAACUUCAGGUACCAAAAGACUGCAGCUUAUGGGCAUUUCGGCCGUGAUGAUCCUGAUUUCACAUGGGAGAAAGCUAAGGUUCUGAAGUGGGACAAAGCUUGAUGGGUGAGAGAGAUGCAUUAAUUCCUUCUUGGUUCUGUAGGAGUUUCUUGAGGUUUUUGUCACCUGGAUGCAGUUUUUUUUUUCCUGCUGAUUUUGUUCGUUAAGGUUUAUGUUAUGGCUCUUGUUAUUCUGGUACUUCUAGUAAGGCUAGGAGAGUAACAUUUCAUAUUCUCUGGAAGAGUGAUAUUUUUUUAAUUUAUUUUUCUUAACUGCUUCUGUUA